AUGUUAUUCCUGUAUGUCAGGCUGCACUUACAUGUAUUUUAUGAUGUUGAAGUAGUGGGUGGCCUGUCGCGGAGGUGGGGGCACCACACAACGCUCCUUGACAAGGCAACGGAAGGAAAGGGGCUCGCUCCACGCGCGGAAGGGGAGCUCGCCGCCUCCUCCUCCUCCUCAUCCUCGUGGCCGUCGUCGCCUGCGCCGCCACUCCUCUCGCUCUCCGGCAUCCAGAUCCGGCGCCGGCAGCGAAGAGACGCCAUGGCACUGCUUCAGCAUCUUCUGAGCCUGAAGAAGGGCAUCAAGAGUAGCUUUAAUUGGGUGGAGGCAUAAGGCUCCUAAGGCUAGCUUUUAGCAUC